UGACUGCCUGUAGUCAUAAUUAGGGCAUGGUUCGUAAUGGUUCAUAAUCUGACUCCAUUCAUUUAACAAACAGUUUCUAAGAGCUUUUCUAUAUCAGAUAUUAAAGUAGGCCUACUUGUAAGGUUCCUUCUGAGACUUUCAGAGGAAAAACAACCAAAUCAGAAGAUACCAUGUAGUCUAACCAGGAAUUAUCAGAGGGUUGUGAGAGCUCAGAUGGCACUUGUCCAAGGCAUUUCAGAAGACUUCUGAAGAGUUGACAUAUCUGAGUACUGAAGAUGAGCUCUUGUUAGCAAGCCUAGAUAAAAUGAAUGUAAAGAUUGUGCAGGGCCUUCCAGAGGUGGUUGUACAUGGUUAGCUAUGGCAGGAACUUAAAAUGUUUGAAUUUGCUUCUGAGAGCAAACUAGGAAACAUUAGAAAAGCUACCUAUUUGGUAUCUUGUGAUAUGGUCUGCAGAUCACUUGCCAGUUGUCCUUUAAAGAACUGGUGCUGGGCUUUCUAGGCAGCUUGAAUGAGUAAGCUACCGCCCCGGAAAUGACGUGCUGCCCCGCUGGCGGUGCGGAAGUGGAGAUGGCGGAGCUGUACGUGAAGCCCGGCAACAAGGAACGCGGCUGGAACGACCCACCGCAAUUCUCCUACGGGCUGCAGACUCAGACUGGUGGACCCAAACGCACUCCCCUUACUAAGAGGGUCGCGGCCCCACAGGAUGGAUCCCCUAGAGCCCCAGAAACUUCUGGGCCACCUCCAGUGGAUCAUCCACCUCCUUCAAGUAAGGCUUCCAGGCCUCCACCCAUGGGGAGCUGUCCUGCUACUGGUGUGGAGCCUCCAAGCUCCCCAGUCAUUGAGUCUGAGACUCUGAUAGAAGAUGUGCUGAGACCUCUGGAACAGGCAUUGGAGGACUGCCGUGGUCACACGAAGAAGCAGGUAUGUGAUGAUAUCAGCCGACGAUUGGCGCUGCUUCAAGAACAGUGGGCUGGAGGGAAGUUGUCAAUACCUGUAAAGAAGAGGAUGGCACUGCUAGUGCAAGAACUUUUACAUCACCAGUGGGAGGCAGCAGAUGACAUUCACCGAUCACUCAUGGUUGAUCACGUGACUGAGGUCAGUCAAUGGAUGGUAGGAGUAAAAAGAUUAAUUGCAGAAAAGAGGAGUCUAUCUUCAGAGGAGGCCAAAGAAGAGAAAUCUACAGUGGCACCUGAGAACCAGACAAUACCAGGCUUCCAACAGUCAUCAUAAUGCCAAUGGCUCCCCAGACUCACGUCACAUGACUUCCUAUGCCUUAGUGUGGAAGGCCUCUUCUCACUUGGCUCCCUUUCACCACCAGGGAGACUAUUGGUCUUGACCAAAGAUCUUACCUAGGAUACUGCAAGAUCACUUGUUAUUCAUAUGUACAUUUCAAUAAACAUCUCAGUGGUGGGAAGUGGGUAGGAAAGGUGAGCCAUUCUGAUGCCAGACUGGAUCUUUCUGGUGCCAGCUUCCCCGCUCCAUGGAUACUA